UUCCCCAUUACCCAAAACCCUAACACUAAACCCUCACCCCUCUUACUCCACUCACCUCCAAAAUGUCUAUGUACACCGCUCUCCGUCGCGCAACCGCCGCCGCAGUUCCUCUCCUCUCUCGCCGUGCAGCGGCAACUUCCUCUAGAACUUUCCACAGCGCAAUCGCCGUUAACCUCCUUCGCCAGAACGAAACCACUCAUUUUGUACCCUCUCGUAGCUUCGCCUACGGCGUUUUAGCUAAAACCCCCGCAGAUGAUACUCUCCUUCGAGUCCUUAACAGUGAAAUCGACUGUGCUCUUGAGGAUAAUGAUAGCCUUUCAGCAAACCUUGAAUUUCCUGGUGAUUUUCCUUUUGAGGUCGAGGACAACCCUGGAGAAAGAACUAUUCAACUGAAAAGACAAUUUGAAGAUGAAACUAUCACAGUUCAAGUUGACAUCCCUAACGUGGCACCUCAACAGAGUGAGGAUGAGGCUGACCCCGAGAAGAUUGAGAAUGAGAAUGAUAGCGAAUCUAGUAUUCCUUUAGUUGUGACUGUUUUCAAAGGAAAUGGAGUGUGUAUGGAGUUUGGGGUGACUGCUUUCCCUGAUGAGGUUGUGAUUGAUAGCUUGUCCAUAAAGAAUCCGGAUGAAUCUGAAGACCAGCUGUUAUAUGAGGGACCUGAGUUCACUGAUUUAGAUGAAAACCUGCAGAAGGCUUUUCUCAAGUAUCUCGAGAUCCGAGGGAUAACACCCAACACAACCAACUUUUUGCAGGAAUACAUGUUCAACAAAGACAACAAGGAAUACUUGGGGUGGCUGAAGAAACUGAAGAGUUUCAUUGAGAAAUGAAUAUGAAAAUAUAACUAUUGGGAUUAUGAAAUAUGAAAUGUUGAUGAUGCCCUUGAUUUUAGUUUAAAUGCAUGUUAUGUCCUGUAUUAUGAUCUGAGGGUUACUUGAGGAUGCUAAUAAUUUUUGAAAACUUGGAUUAUUCAGACUGAUGUUUAUAAUUUUAGUUUACCCUUCAAUCAAUACAAGAGUCUCUAGAUAGGUCUCA